CUUAAAACCUAGGCUAAGGCAACCAUUCUAUCCAUUCUAGGUCUUUCGUAAUUCUGACCCAAUAACAAGGAAAGAAUCUUCUAAAAAGAGUUGCGGAACAAUUCUAUUUUAUUCCCUGAUAAUAGAAUCUUCUUAAUUAGAUGAAGGAAGAAUGAAGAAUCAUCCUAAGAUAUCCAUUACUUUGCACCAACGUAGCUUAUUCAUGGACAUUUUGGUUUUCUUCUACUACCUAUUUCUAUUGAUUUAUACAGUUUCCAUGUACCAAAAUUUCUGGGCACUUUGUAGUUCUUUAGAAAUUCCAUCUUUUCUGCAACUGCAAUUAGGUUUUAGUUUGAGAAAAGGGAUUGGUUAGUAUUUGAGAUAUGACCAGAUUGCUUCAUGGGGUGCUUACUGCAAAAAUAGAUGGGAUUGAUAAGCUGCAUUUGGGUUGUGGAUUUCCCUUUAGACAGGGUAUGGAUGAUCCGAAAAGGGUAUGGCAAACAUUAUUGUACAGAAUCAAAGCAUAUUGCUUCUGCAAGCCUCAACUGAUGGACUAUAGACUAUAUGCCACAGUUGAUCUCGACAAGGCAAGAGUUGCACGCACAAAAAUAAUUCAUACUCCUUCGAAUCCUUCAUGGUCUCAGUCCUUUCACAUCUAUUGUGCUCAUGAAGUAUCAAACAUCAUCUUUACUGUCAAAGAUGAAAAUCCUCUUAGUGCUACCUUGAUCGGAAGAGCUUAUUUGUCUGUCGAGGAAGUCUAUAAGGGUCGUCCAGUGAUAAGAUGCCUUGAAAUAAUCGAUGAGAGUGGUAAGCCCAUACGAUCCCAAAUUUAUGUUAAUGUACAAUAUCGAGAUGUAUCUCUUGAUCCAAACUGGUCUCGGGGCAUCCUAGCUACAACUUAUGGAGGAGUCCCUCACACUUUCUUUAGACAGAGACAGGGUUGUAAAGUCUCGUUUUACCAAGAUGCACAAGUGUCCGACAAGUUCACCCUCGAUUUUAGGCUUCCUGGAGGCAAGACUUAUGAUGCACAACGAUGUUGGGAAGAUAUAUUUGAUGCUAUUGUUAAUGCAAAAUACCUUAUUUACAUAGCUGGAUGGUCGAUUGACACCAACAUUUCCUUAAUACGGAACUCUAAUAAGGUUCUUGCUAGCCCUACGCUAGGAGAACUUCUGAAAAAGAAAGCCGAUGAGCCAAACAUGAGAGUUCUUGUACUUGUUUGGGAUGAUAUUACUUCGAAUCCAUACAAAAAACAAGGGUUAAUGGGAACCCGCGAUGAGGACACCUUCGCGUACUUUCAAAACACAAACGUACGUUGCUUCAAGUGUCCUCGGAAAUCUGAUCAAAGAAGUGUAGUUCAGGGUGUAAAGGUUGAUACUGUGUUAACACACCAUCAGAAGACUGUUGUGGUUGAUUAUGAGAGCCCCGAGUCACAAGGGCGGAGAAUUGUGAGUUUUCUUGGAGGUAUUGAUCUUUGUGGUGGACGAUAUGACACCCAAGACCAUUCUCUUUUCGGGACACUGAACACAGUUCACAAGGACGACUUUCAUCAGCCUAACUUCCCAGGAUCUUCGUUACAAAAAGGCGGUCCAAGAGAGCCAUGGCAUGAUAUUCAUUGCCGACUAGAAGGCCCUGUCGCAUGGGACGUGCUGUAUAACUUUGAGCAGAGAUGGACUAAACAAGUGGGAAAACGAUUCCUAUAUACGCGAAAUGAGCUUGCUGAAAGACUAGGUAAACCAUCGGAAGUUAAGGUAGAAGACCAAGAAACUUGGAAUGUUCAAAUAUUCAGGUCCAUUGAUGGAGGAUCAGUGGUAAUUGACGGAGAACAAGGGGUAGGUUUCCCUUCAGAUCCUGAAAAGGCGGAUCGACUUGGCCUCGUUUGUGAUAAGGAUAGCAUCAUAGAUCGCAGCAUACAGGACGGAUACAUAAAUGCCAUAAGACGAGCGAAGAACUUUAUAUACAUUGAAAAUCAGUACUUCCUUGGAAGUUCUUAUGCUUGGAAACCCGAUGAAGAUAUCGAUGCAUUGCAUAUCAUACCGAAAGAAUUGUCCUUAAAGAUUAUCAGCAAGAUUGAAGCUGGCGAAAGGUUUUCCGUGUAUGUUGUGAUUCCUAUGUGGCCUGAAGGAGAACCUGAAAGUGCUCCUGUUCAGGCAAUUCUGUAUUGGCAGAGGAGAACAAUGGAGAUGAUGUACACUGAUAUUGCUGCCGCUAUACAAAGAAUGAAGAUUGAUGCACACCCACGAGAUUAUUUAUCGUUCUUCUGUCUUGGCAAUCGAGAGGUUUUGAAAGUCGGGGAGUAUGAACCUAUAGAGAAGCCAGCACCGGAUUCUAACUAUGCCAGAGCUCAACAAAAUCGACGCUUCAUGAUUUAUGUUCAUGCCAAAAUGAUGAUAGUUGAUGAUGAGUACAUAAUCAUUGGCUCCGCGAACAUAAACCAGAGAUCAAUGGACGGGGGAAGAGACACAGAAAUAGCGAUGGGAGCCUACCAGCCGCAUCAUUUAGCAGCAAACUGGCCAGCAAAAGGGCAGAUAUUCGGUUUUCGUAUGGCAUUGUGGUACGAACAUUUUCAUCUGCUUGAUUCAUCAUUUCUGUACCCCGAAACACUCGAAUGUAUGCAAAAAGUUAGCAUGAUUGCUGAGGAUAAUUGGAAAAUUUAUUCGAGUGAAGCUUUUGAUCAAGACUUGCCUGGUCAUAUCCUUCGUUAUCCUGUUGAAGUUACUAAUGAAGGAAACAUUACCAUACUUUCGGAUGCCCACAAGUUUUUCCCUGAUACUAAAGCUUCUGUUCUUGGGAGCAAAUCUGAUGUUCUUCCUCCAAUAUUGACUACUUGAAAUUUUUCGAAAUGGUUGUUUUCGAAUUCGAUUUACAAGCCAGAAGAACAAAUUUAAGUGUAGACAUGUUUGAAUGUUUAGAAUGUUGUAUGAAUACAAGUAUCAUGGAAUGCUAAUGAGCGAAUGAUAGUCGCUUUGAGUCUGCCCAGUUCAUGACUA